CACUAAUUGAUCGACAUUUGAUGACAGUUCUAUCAUAUACAUUCUAAUGAGAAUUUAUUUUUUAUUUCUACUAACUAUAUUAGUAUUUUGUUUUAUUAUACCCAUUUGUAGUGAAUCAAGUACUUCAUCAUCUGUCGCUCCAACAUUAGUUUCAAUUUCUAAAGUUGAAGACAGGGAAAAACGUGACAACAAAGUAGAACAAAAUGAAGAAGAAAGCGAUGAUGAAGAAGAAGUGACCGAGGAAAUCAAUUCUAGAGAUAAGAGGAAGAAGAAAGGACCAAAGGUUUGGGAUAGGUGGAGUAAAUGGAGUGCAUGUAGCGUGACAUGCGGGAUUGGAAAGCAAACACGCUGGAGACAUUGUGUGGCUGGUGAUUGUGCCCCUGGAGAAAAAGAGGCCCAAAUAAAGACUUGCGUUAUGCCUCCAUGUCCAUGAGAACAUAUUUUUGAUUUUUCAUGUGUAAGGGUUCUAUUAUAAAAUAUAUUUGAUGAAAUCAGA